AUGUGUGUAUGCAUAGCGUGUCAGAGCUCAUCAUCCGGUGAGUUUGCCUUUGGGUUCCAACAAGUUCAAGGAACCGAUAAUUUCUUGUUAUCCAUAUGGUAUAACAAGAUACCUGACAGGACCAUGGUCUGGUAUCCAGAAGAAGGUCCGAUGGUGCCUACAGGAUCCAAAGUUGAGCUACUUCGUGCAAGUGGACUCGUACUCACUGAUCCUCAGGGCACACAGGUAUGGAGAUCUGGGUCCAUUUCUGCUGUUGCAUCAGGUUUUAUGAAUGAUACAGGUAACUUCGUGAUUUUUGGUAGCAAUUCUCGCAAGUUAUGGGGUAGUUUUGAUUUUCCAGCAAACACCCUGUUGCCUACUCAGGUUGUGGAGAUAGGUGGAGGGAUGAAUUCAACAAUCUAUUUUUUCUCGGCUCCCCGGAGAAAAAAUAGAUCGAAGAAGUCUGAUAGUUGUCGGAUCGGUUCUCUUAGCAAAUUCGCCUCUCUGAACAAACUAGACACAACCAACUUAACGUGCCAUUCCUCACCCCUUCCAUCUCCUUCAUCGGCUAACGUUAGCCACCACGACCACCACUCUUAUCCUUCUCUCUUCCCUAACAGGCAACGUUCACCACCAUACACCAUUGUCUCCACCACUACCCACCACCACUCUCUGGUAUCGAAUCCCUACCUUAAAUCUGAUGAAUCGAUUAUAUUUAUUUUCCACCUUGUGAUUUGUCUUGAAGCCAUAUACACUCAGAAACGGGUAGGAAAGAAGGAUCUCAUGGUAAUGGCCAGAUGGCCUUGCACAGGGAUCACAUAUUUUCUCAGUCAUCCUUUCAAUUUCAAUUUUGGAUUUCAAAUUUUGAAAAUUUCCCAAACGUAUGAUUCAAUUCUUUUUGAAUUUGGAAUCCCAGCUCCUUUCCAUUCCACUCUGCUUUCUCUCACGAUACAAGCCCUAGCUGUUAACAGAACAACGAAUCACCACCAUCAUGAUCGGCCACCACCACCAGCAGCAUACUAUAGCCGAUGGCCACAAUAA